ACGGCCAAGAUUCAAAGUUUUUCCUCGGUUCUGUUAGCUGCGCGCUGAGCUCCAAAAGAAGGAAGACGAUGUUUGGCUUUCACAAGUCAAAGAUCUACCGGAGUAACGACGGCUGCUGCAUUUGCAAGACCAAGUCGUCCAGCUCGCGUUUCACCGACAGCAGUCGAUAUGAAGACACGUUCCGGCUCUGUUUUGGGCUGUCGGAGGACCGUGUCGGGGACAUCUGCAAUGCGUGCGUGUUGUUGGUCAAGAGGUGGAAGAAACUACCCAGCGGCUCCAAGAAGAACUGGAACCACGUGGUGGACGCCAGGGCCGGUCCGGGCUUCAAGGUGACAAAACCCAAAAAGGUCAAGAACGGUGACGGCAAGAAGAAAAGCAAGCUGAAACGGCUUCACAAGUUAAAGAGGCAAAACUCGGACGCUCACAGCACCACCUCCAGCGUGUCUCCCGCCCAGUCGCCCAGCUACAGCAACCCGUCGGACGACGGCUCCGACGUAGAGUCCAAACAAAGGCGUUCCUCGCCUUCCGCUUUCUCUUUCUUGGACCGCUCGUACUGGAAAAGGCAAAAGAUUUGCUGCGGCAUCGUGUGCAAGGGCCGCUUCGGGGAGGUGAUCAUCGAUCCUCGGCUCUUUAAGCCCUGCUGCAAUUCCAAAACGCAGAAGACGCUGGCGGCCUCGCAGGUCCCCUCGCUGCUUCCGGAAACACUCCCGCCGCAACUCCCGGAGGAACGAAACCUGGUGAUGGCGCUUGUUUAACCUCGCGCGGGUUAUCCGUGGCACUCAUCUGGAAUUUGUCUCCAGUGGCAGACUUCCUUUUUUCACCUUCUUUAGAUCUGUUGGUUAGUUGUAAUUGCCCCCCCCCCCCCGCCCCUCAUA